AUGGGCAAAAACGGAGAUAGUAACGGUAUAGUACGUUCUGAGACAGCACGUGAAGGAAGAGAAAACCAGGUCUACUCACCUACUACUGGUGCGAGGUUAGUUGCUGGAUGCAUAUGCUUAACCCCCGACAAAAAGCAGGUUCUCAUGAUUACUUCUUCUGCACAUAAGAAAAGAUGGAUUGUGCCCAAAGGUGGCGUCGAGAAAGAUGAGCCUAACCAUGAGACCACUGCUCAGCGAGAAACCUGGGAAGAAGCUGGUUGCAUAGGUAAAAUUGUUGCCAACUUGGGUACAGUGGAAGACAUGAGACCUCCUAAGGAUUGGAACAAAGACAUUAAGCAAUUUGAGAACUCUCGAAAAGAUUCAGAAGUCGCAAAACAUCCGCCAAGGACCGAAUUUCAUUUUUAUGAAUUGGAAAUUGAAAAUCUUCUUGACAAAUUCCCUGAAUGUCACAAAAGACAUAGAAAGUUAUACUCUUAUACAGAAGCUAAACAGAACUUGAUAGAUGCCAAGAGGCCUGAAUUGUUGGAGGCCCUUAAUAGGUCUGCUAUCAUCAAAGACGACAAAUAG